UUGACGACAUUUUCCCGCUGAAAUUCAAUGUAAUACGCCCCCGAUAAUUUUACUUUUAGCACGAUAUUAUAAAUGCAUGUAGACAUUAUUACUAUUUUUAUUUACCUGCUAACUAGGUUAGCAACUCCAUAACUUGUAAAAACUAUUUUGUGAACUUUUAUUGACACUUUUAUUAAGUAACCGAUAUGGUAUCAAAAGUUGUUCUCAAGAAAAAAACUCAAAAUAAAAUAUAAUAGUUUCUCCGAGUACCUGUCCUUUGAUGUUUAUCGUAUUGCUAUAAUUUUAAGUCAUUUAAGCAUUUUGGUGUUCAUUUCUUAGAAAAUUCGCGCAACACACUCAUUCGUGUUUCUCAAACGCACAAGUAAAUUGAUAGUUGCUUUCCAAGAUCUGAAACAUCUCGGAAGAUGAAAAAUAUAUCCUGCUUUGUUUAUUUUCGAAUGUACAAAAGGCUUUUAUAACCUUUAUGCCAUGAAGCACUAUGGCACAACGGUUCAUUUGUGGAUACGAAGCAAAACGUAAAAUUAACGCAAUUCACUUUAUUUUAGCGCCAAAAAGUUCAAAGGAUUCGAAUUUAGAACAUAAAUUGUAUUCCAUUUUAAAGUGAGGUUUCACUAAACAAAAUAAAGCAUGACGUUAGCGGUAUGUAACCGGCCAGUAUACGGGUGGCGCUUGGUCCAAAAGUUACGAAAUUGAAAUGUGUAAAACUUCAAAUUAAUUUUUAACUAGAUUUAUUUGUUUACGUUCUGCUAACGGUUCUUAAAUUAGUUUCGAAUUCAUAUUUAUAAUACUUAAUUGGUUGUAGCGUAUUGAAUUUCAAUCGAAGAAACUUGGAAACUGUAAUAUUCUUAGGCAUUACCUGAGCGCAGGUUUAUAGUUAGAGCUCAUUACGCAAGUUCGUAAAGUGCAAACUAUUGAGCUAUUAGGAGAGUUAAUGUAGCUUUUGAAACGACGACGGUGAACUUUGUUCUAAAAAUGUACAAUAGCAUUCGGAGAAAAAUAGACUAAAUAAAAAAAUGAAGAUACAAGGAUGCAUCCUUCCCUAGCAGUAGACAGUUUUAGGCGGGCUUCCCCGAACUACAUUACUUGCACCUUAAAAUACGAAGGCGUGACUACAUGUUAAGUGGAAGAGGCUAACGAAGCGUCUUCCUGAAACCCGCCCUCUUUCCCACUCCCGUACUAUAAAUAUGACGCUGAAACAUUUUCGCUUCAGUCGUUCAGGAAAGCUCGAGGUGUGCACUGUGCCAAAUCAUAGCAUUCCCUAGUGACAACGUGAUACGGGACGCGUAACACGACAACAAAUAUCUAAUACUAAUCAGUUCGCGAUUGUUUUACAAACACUUUUGAUUUAUUCAAGUGACUUUUUGGAUUGUUCAGUGAAAGCUAUUGAAGUGGUGAAGAUGUUGGACAAAACCAUCCUCGGUGGUAGUUGGGAAAGUGUGGUGUCGAGAGACGACUACGAGAUUGACUACAACCAGAGCCCGAGAGGGUCUCCUUUGAAGGAUACGUCCAACAUCCAGGAUGAGCCUGGCUACUGCAUCAGCCGUCACAACCCGAACAAGACCUUCCGCCGUGAGUCUGUCAUAGCUUCAUGGAAGAGUCUGAAGAAGGAGAGGGAGCAGGCUUUGGGGAAGCGGUUCAUCUAUGUGGACGCUGACAGUUACCAGGAUUAUUACGGCAGGAACAAGGUCAAGCGUUGCAAGAGUGACAGGGCCCCUGUCGCACCAAACAAGGUGCCAAAGAAGGUCAAGCGCACAUACUCUGUUCUGUACAGGUAUGACCCAUCUGAAGAGAAAGUAGUGAAGGAGUACAAGUAUCAGCUUCCUAAGGAGAAUGAGCCUAUCAACCACCCAGUAAUGCAGAAAUCCUACUCCGAACCCUUCUUGAGGUCGGAAACUUCACCCAAGAAGAAGGUCAAGAGGUCUUUCACAACACUGUUGAACAUCAAGACAAAGUUCUUAAACAUUUUCACCUCGAAGAGUUAAAUUGUUGUAGGGAUUUAACUUGGUUUAAUUGCUCAAUUCAAUGCAUUUUAUAUGAUUGGCGUAUUACUGCGCAUACAAGGUCGUAACCGCCAUGAUUCUAGUCGAAAUUUUGCCUAUCAGGUUCAAUGCCGGAACCAUCUAUUUUGAUAUUGUCUGGUAAAAGUAUAAACAAAAUUGUAAUGGAAUAGAUCAAUCAACGUUUUUGUUGCUAUUCCAAGUUGAAACAGGCAAAGAUUGGAUAUAUUAUCAGAUCGUAAUUUGUAAGCUUUAUUAAAAGAUUUAUUUUUGAAGUGCCAAAUGUAUUCAUAAAAUAGUAAGUUUAGUAUAUAAUUUGUGAUAUUUUUCGUGUGUUGUGAUAUUUUUAUAUUUUUGAAGGAUCAUUGUGGUAUGGUCAACAUACUGCAACGGAUGCUUGAUAGUAUUAACUGUAAAAAUCUGAUCAAUCAGAAAUAAUGUUCUAAAUUGCAUGUAAUUCUUUAUAUUAGCCUCUAAUAUAUUGUUAUUACCCAGCUUAGAAGUUAAAAUAUAUACUGUUUACAACUCAUUUACUAUAUUUUUCAUAAAUAUAAGUAAAAUGUUGUCUGUAACAUAAAUAAU